UCCCCACUCCCAGGAAAAAAAAAAAUUGGUAGUCUGGGAUUUAUAAAAUGAAUAAUAAACCAAACUUGAAUUAUGGUGAGAUGGGUUAGUUGAAACUUUUAGAAUAAAAAAAUGGUGUCACGGGCACUGUUAAUUACCGGCAAGUAAGCGCCUAAAGUGGUUGCUAAAAAUAUUCUAUUUUUUCACCAUAUCAAAAUUUGCGUUUCUACGGCAAAUUCAGAUCGUGUCGUUGAUAGACAACAUGUAAAUGAAACUGGUUCGGAUCUUAAUACUUUGAGCUGGGUGUAAGCUUAAACCGUUAAGUCUGUUACUUCCAAGUUCCAGACGUUGAUGUCUUCGUCGUCGCCAUUAAUGUCUUCUUCUUCACUGGGUCCCACUAUUUCUCCGGCAAUUACGCCACCACGAAUAACAAGGCUCCCUUCUUCACCACCUCCUCCUCUGGCUGCUGCUACUCCUCCUCCAUUACCUCCUCCGGCCUUGUCUCCGGCCACGUCUACCAAGGAUCACUCUCUCCCUCCUGCAGUCUCUCCACCAUCUCCUCCGGUUACUACUCCGGCAUCUCCUCUAACUUCUCCGUCACCGGCGGCUGCUUCUCCACCUCUGCCAUCCCCUACUGUCGCCACUCCUCCACCUUCUUCUCCUGAACUUCCAACACCUCCUCCUGUCGUCUCUCCCCCGCCUACUUCAUCAACGACAACCCCAUUAUCACCGCGACCUCCGAUUCCGACGCCUCCAUUACCGUCGACAGCUUCUCCGCCACUUCCGGCACCUCCAUUAUCGUCGAGAGCUUCUCCGCCACCUCAUGCAACCCCAAAACCGACUCCUCCCUCUCCGCCAAAGCCAUCAACAACUCCGUCGCCACAUCCAGCUUCGUCACCUCUGUUGCCGCCAAAAUCUACCAUCUCCCCGGCGAUCACUAGUCCGUCACCUCCUCCGCCGCACAAAUCGACCAUCUCGCCACCGCCAGUGUCAGUGACCACUCCUCUGUCACCAACAUCUAGCCCUGCUACCAUCUCGCCGCCUCCGACGGUGGCAACUCCACUGCUGUCUCCUCCAAGUCCAACGACGUCGUCUUCGUUGCCGUCGUCUUCGUCAAAUGGAAGUUUGCCAAAGGCCUUGGACAUACAAAAGCCGCAACCAAAUCCCUCAAGAGGGCUCAUAUUCGGAUGCAUAAUCGGUGGAGUUGUGCUUCUUCUUCUGCUUGUGCUUGUGCUUGUUCUUCUCUGUCUCUGUCGCAGGAGAAAAAGAAAGAAGCUUGAAUUUGUAGAACGUUACACUAAACCAACCAGCUUAGGCCCAAAAGAUAACUUGGAUGCUGUUCCGCCCCAAAAUGUCCAUCACAGUGUUAUAGAUGUUGGCUCUGGUUCAACAAGUUCUGGUUGUGAGGUUCCAAAUCCACCUCAAGCCAAUGGUGGUGGUGUUGCAUUGGGUUCCACAAGAGGCACAUUCACAUAUGAUCAACUAGUCGUAGCCACAAAUGGGUUCUCAGAAGCUAACCUCGUUGGACAAGGUGGAUUUGGAUAUGUACACAAGGGAGUUCUUCCAGGUGGGAAAGAAGUAGCGGUUAAGAGGUUAAUGUCCGGAAGCCGGCAAGGCGAGCGGGAAUUUCAUGCUGAGGUUGAUACCAUUAGCAGGAUUCAUCAUAAACAUCUAGUUUCUUUGGUUGGAUAUUGCAUUACAGGAUCAGAGAGGUUGCUGGUCUAUGAGUUUGUCCCAAAUAAUAACUUGGAAUUCCAUUUGCAUGGAAAUGACCAACAUGUCAUGGACUGGGAAACCAGGCUGAAAAUCGCUGUAGGAUCUGCUAAAGGACUGGCAUAUCUCCAUGAAGAUUGCAAUCCUACAAUCAUCCAUCGUGAUAUCAAGGCCGCUAAUAUUCUUCUUGAUUUCGGGUUCGAGGCAAAGGUUUCCGACUUUGGACUGGCCAAACAUUUUUCUGAUGCCAAUACUCAUAUCUCUCACAUUUCCACUCAAGUAGUAGGAACAUUCGGGUAUUUGGCCCCAGAAUACGCAUUGAGUGGUAAAGUCACAGAGAAAUCAGAUGUAUAUUCAUAUGGUGUCGUGCUUUUGGAACUCAUAACCGGGCGUCCACCUAUUCAAACAACAGAUUCCGUGAGGAAUGAGAGCCUUGUUGAAUGGGCUAGGCCUUUACUCAACGUAGCAAUGAAUGAAGGGGAUUUCGAUGGUCUAGUUGAUCCAAAAUUACACCAAAACUACAACGCCGACGAAAUGAAUAGAAUGGUUGCUUGUGCUGCUGCUUGCGUUCGCCAUUCAGCUUGGCUUAGACCCCGAAUGAGCCAGAUAGUCCAUGCUUUAGAAGGGCAUGCUUCUCCAACGGAUCUUCAACAAAGAAGCAGCACAUUGUAUAGUUCCUCAGCAAGCUCUGUGUAUAAUGCUCAACACAUGAAGAUGCUAAGAGAGCAAGUUUAUGGAAUCAGUGGGUACAGUGACAGCACCAGUGAAUACGGUCUCAAUCCCUCAGUCUCAAGUAGUGAGGGCCCAGCAAACAAUCUGACAAAGAACACGGCAACAAAUACUUGAAUGGCUUAGCGCCUUGUUGAAAAUUUUGUUAACUGACCUUUUCUUCUCCUUUCUUCCUUGGAUGAUAAGCUCUAAAGUUUUCUUGGAAAAUUUUUUAUUAAGUUAUUUAUUUAUUUAUUUAUUUAUUCUUUUGAUGA